CGUGAUUACCUAAUGACAAUAAUAAUGCUAAUAAAGUUCACCAACAUUCGAUGUCAUUAAAUCUACCACGGAUGCAAGCUCAUCACUAACAAGAGAAGCUUCAUCAGCAACCAAGCUAAGUUGAGAGAAAUCCAUGGAACUCCACAUCUUCUUCCUCCCUAUGCUCACCCCGGGCCACAUGCUGCCCAUGGUCGACAUGGCCCGCCUCUUCGCCAACCGCGGCGUGCGCGCCACCAUCGUCACAACCCCAUUCAACGCCACCAACUUCUGCUCCGGGCCCAACCUCAACAUCCUCACCAUCCCCUUCUCCUCCGCCGUCACCGGCCUCCCCGACGGCGUCGAGAACCUCACCAACCUCCCCACCCCUGAAAUCCCCCCAGCCUUCGUCAAAGCUCUUGACUUACUUGAAUCUCCUUUCCGCAACCUUCUCUCCGAUCACCACCCAGACUGCAUCAUCUCCGACAUCUUCUACUCCUGGUCAUCGGACGUCGCUGCCGAAUUCGGCAUCCCAAGGUUAGUUUUCCAAGGCAUGGGUUUCUUCUCCCUUAUCCUCACCGGCAUCGUCUCUCAGUUAAAGACACACGAGACCGUCACCGGAGACGACGAGCCUUUCAUAGUACCAAUGAUACCUCAUGAGAUCAAGCUCAUGAGGUCAGAACUCCCCACCUACGUCUUGAAACCGAACGAUGAUAUUCGUAGGAUGGCCAAAGCUCAGGAUAAGAGCUACGGCAUGAUCAUGAACACUUUCCAUGAAUUAGAAGCAGAGUACGUUGGGCUCCUCAAGAUGUCAUGGCACAUGCGUGUGUGGCUCGUCGGUCCUGUCUCUCUUUGCAACCAAGGUCUUCUCGACCGCGGCAGUGAAGCUCCGGCGCAUGUCUCCCACCAGUGCCUCAAAUGGCUCGACAGUAAAGAACCAGGGUCGGUUCUUUACGUGUGUUUUGGGAGUUUGGGCAAGUUCACGCCCAUGCAGAUGCGUGAAAUAGCGUCUGGGCUUUUGGGUUCUGGACACCAGUUUAUUUGGGUGGUGAAAAGCUCCGGCGAGACUCCACCGUUGGUGGAUGAAGAGAAGGGUUUGGUUGUUGAUGGUUGGGCUCCUCAAGUGUUGAUAUUGAACCAUCCGGCGGUUGGAGGGUUCAUGACGCACUGUGGUUGGAACUCAAGCUUGGAAGGGAUUACCGCCGGCUUGCCGAUGAUCACUUGGCCGUUGUUUGCUGAACAGUUCUUCAAUGAGAAGUUGAUAGUGGAGGUGUUGAGGGUUGGGGUGUCUGUUGGGUUUAAGCAAUGUUGUAUGGAUAUGGAGAGGAGGAAGGUGGUGAAAGGAGAGGUGAUAGAGGUGGCUGUGAAGAGGUUGAUGGGUGGAGAAGUGGAGGCCGUUGAGAGGAAGAAGAGAGCAAAGGAGUUAAGUAAAAAGGCCAAGAUGGCCUUUGGUCAAGGUGGUUCGUCACACAGUGAUGUGAGUGGAUUAAUUCAAGAAUUGGUUGACCUUAAGGCUAAUAAAACAAAAGCUACUUAAAUCUCGGUGUUCAAGCUCUGGUUUUGUUUGUUUGUGGUGGGUCAAUGGUUUCUCAAUAUUUGUGAUUUUAUUUUAUUUUAUUUUUUUGAAAACUUUGCUCUUAAUUUAAGUCUUGUAUAUUAAUUGGAAUAAAUGCUUUCGGG